AUGGAUUUCAAUAGCCUCAAGGAUACCGUGUCCAACCUGACACUCUACGACAUCAAGGCUGGCGUCCGAAAGGUUCAAAAUGCUGUCAUGAACUAUACCGAGAUGGAGUCCAAGGUAUGCCCGUAUCCAAGCGCCACACUGGCCCCAUUCUCUUGCGCCCUUCGCCAUACACUUGAUCCCAGACAAGAGACCACGGGACGGGAGCUGACAGCGAACCCAGAAAAGUCCGCCGAAGAAUGGCGCCAGAUCUACAAGGCCCUUCAACUACUAGAGUACCUGAUCAAGCACGGUUCCGAACGAGUGGUGGACGAUGCUCGGUCGCAUCUUACCCUCCUCAAGAUGCUGCGCCAGUUCCAUUUUAUCGAUCAGAACGGCAAAGACCAGGGUAUCAACGUCCGCAACCGCGCCAAGGAACUCGCCGAGCUCCUCAGCGAUGUCGAGCGUAUCCGAGCAGAGCGCAAGAAGGCCCGCGCAAACAAGGGCAAGUUCACGGGCAUUUCGGGUGGAAUGAGCUUCUCCAGCGGGAGCAGCGGACGUUAUGGCGGUUUCGGCAACACUUCGUAUGGCGGUAGCAGCAGUGGUGGCGGUGGUAGCAGCUCUACCUACGGUGGCUAUUCUGGAGGAGUUUAUGGCGACGGAGGUGUUUUUGGUGGCCAGCCUUCCAACAACGACUACCGCGGGACCCAGGCACGGGCAGAGCAGUUUGAGGAAUACGAUGCAGGUGAUUUGGACGGCGAGGCGUCGUCUCGUACUGCGCCAAGGACAACACGAUCCACGACAGAAAGAGCCGGGGUCAAGAAGACAACAGCACCCGCCGAGCCGCCCAAGAAAAAGGAACCCGAGAUCGACUUGUUUUCCUUUGAUGAGCCCGCAGCGCCAUCCAUCCCGACCGCGCCCCUCGCCGCCGCACCUUCCAACGGCUCUGGGCUUGCGGCUCUAGCCGGCGGCGCUAAUGACGACGACGACGAGUUCGAUGAUUUCCAGUCUGCCGCGCCCGCCACUCAGCCUGCUUCUGCGAUUUCUCCCCCAAUCGCCCCCCUUUCUACUGGGCCACAAUUUGUCGCCCCGCAACCAGUUUCGGCGCCUCAGCAGGCCAACCUUAGCGGCAUGGUUGCCCUCUCCUCCAUCUCUCCUCCUCCCAGCUCCACCACGACUCCUGCUGCCAACUUCUCGGCUUUCUCCACGCCCCUUUCGCCCGUCUCCCAGGCCCCCAAGCCAACUGGCUUCCAAGGCGGUCAGCCAAAUUACUUUUCCCCGGUACAGCUGCAGACCCAGUCUACCGGGUCCUCGCUUUCAGGAGCCAAGGCAACCGGUUCAGCUGCCUCCAAGCCAGCCGCUGGCGGUGAUGCCUUCGGUGCGCUGUGGUCGCAGGCUAGUGCUGGAAUCAAGAAGAGCACGCCUACCACCAAGGGUCCGGCUAUCGGACAGCUGGCCAAAGAGAAGAGUAGUGCUGGUAUUUGGGGAACUGCUGCGCCCUCCACUCCGACCAGCGGUAGCAGGCCCACCACUGGCGGCAACCACGGGUUGGACGAUCUGCUCGGUUAAUUACAUGGCUGGGUGUGGGGGGUUUUCCAAGGAGCAUUUAACACCGCUGUUGUUUACCUACGGAAGCGAGAUCCUUGGAGUAGAUCGAGGGUGUGCAGUUACACAAAGAGGAGAUGAGCAGUUAAACGAUUUAUAUUCCACGUAAUGUUAUUGGAGGUAGGGGUGGGUAUCUUGCAGCGCUUCUCGUCUGCAGCAAAAUUUCACGUCUAUUUAUGCUAC